AUGGGUGUUACUCGCAGGGUCGUAAGCUCUGCGCUGCUGCUGUUGUUGGGUGCGACCGUGUGCUUCGCCUCUAGAGCGCUCCUGGUUGCUCCUCAGGAGCUGCCUUAUGGCGUAGGCCAUGGCAUUGGCGACGUCAUUCCUGGAGGUGGAUGGCAUUUCUUUCCCGGUUAUGGGGCCGGAGGUGAGUUUGGUGGUAUAGGAGAGUAUGGUGGUGGCUACGGUGGCGGUUCUGGAAGCGGUGUGGGCUAUGGAGCAGGUGGUGACCAUGGUGGUGGUUACGGGACUGGAGCGGGCACUGGGAGUGGAGGCGGUUAUGGUGCCGGUGGAGAACAUGGUGGCGGCUAUGGUGGUGGGGGAGGCAGCGGUACUGGUGUGGGUUAUGGUGCAGGUGGUGAGAAUGGAGGUGGAUACGGGAUAGGAAGUGGUAAAGGUGGUGGAGCUGGUUACGGUGCUGGUGGAGAACAUGGUGGUGGUUAUGGUGGUGGUGGAGGCAGUGGUGCUGGCGUUGGUUCUGGUGCAGGUGGAGAGCAUGGCGGUGGCUAUGGCACUGGAAGUGGUGCUGGUGCUGGAGGAGGCUACGGUGCUGGUGGAGAUCAUGGAGGAGGCUAUGGUGGUGGCGGUGGCUCGGGUGGUGGUGUAGGGUAUGGUGCAGGAGGUGAUCAUGGUGCUGGCUACGGGACAGGAAGUGGUGCUGGUGGUGGAGUUGGUUAUGGUGCAG